UGCGGGCCACAUGUCACAACUCGAACUGGUUUUAUUGUUUUGCAAUGACGAUGUUAAGGAUUGCGGCUGUUAACGGCAGAUCUGUCAUUGGACGCUGUAAAACGGCCAGCAUUGCAAAAUGCAACUCUUGCGACCGGCCUUUGACGCUGGGUGGGAACAGCCAGCGAAGAGCAGACGCGACACUUCUUCACGGAUUACGGUAAAGGGGUUGGUCACUGUGCCCUGGUCUACCUGAAGGUUUGCUCUGCUGCUUCGGGUGUGGAGUUGAGACAGAGAGAGAGAGUGAGAGAGAGAGACGCGCACACACACACACACACACAGUAAGGUCAGCGAGCGCUGCAUUGACAACGAGCUGUUUGAAGUGCCCACUUCCAGCUGCGGACUCACUCACCGUGUUGCCGUUCCAGAAUUGAAUGAAUUCAGAAUUUCCUGCAAAAACAACAGAUUUGAGCACUUGCUGCACUUUUCAAACUUCAACUUCCUCAGCUAACCCUUGUCCUCGAUCGAGCGACACAGCUUCGACUUGUCACUCUGCACUGGAGCCCCUGUGAUUCCUGCAAAUAAGAAGUAACUAUCUUAAUUUUGUUACCAUCAGAUCCAUCCUGGUGUGACCCGUUCCGUGUGCACUCCUUCCCAACCUCAGGAUUGGUUCAAAAAAUGUUUGACUUGACGUGUUGCAAUCUAUAAUAACUCCGUUUUGAACCAUCAACCAUUCAUCUGGAGAGGAUGGAGGAAUGUGUCCUGCCGGAGUUAAAAGAACUGGAGAUCAAGAUGGGACGUAAGAUUCCGGAAAGCCUGUUACGAUCACUUAGGGAAGAACAACCAGGCCGCCACACAGACGAUCAGGUAGUCCUUUCUACCUCGGGAACACUGAGUAACUGCAACACGUUGGAGAGAUUGGAAACCAAGAUUCAGAUAUUGAAGCUGGAGAUGGCUUGUCUCAGGGCAAUUGAUGUCAAAUUGAUGCAUCAGUUACUCACCAUCAACGAAGGUAUUGAAUCCAUCAAAUGGAUGAUGGAGGAGAAGGGCACAUUGGCCAGCAGGGGCAGCAGUUUGGCAAGUAGUACCUACAGCUUGAUGGAAAGCCAGAACACUUCACUGCGAGGCAGUUGGAACAGCUUACAAGAGUGUGGUGAUGGACUUGAUUCAAUUUCCGUGGGGAGUUACCUGGACACACUGGGUGAUGACCUGCCAGGUCACUGUACACCCUCAGACGUAGAUCCUUUUUCGGAUGAACAUUUGACAACAGAUUCACUUAAAAGUGAAACUAUCAACAAGGAAUCCAAAGAUGACUCUGAUGAUGGAUAUUAUUAUUUUGGAUAAGUUACAUGAGAGCAAGCAAAUAAUGUCUCUGCAUCAUCUGUGUUAUUGAGCUUAAUUCUGACUUUGGUUAAUAAUGUGAAAUGGUCAAUAUAGAUUAGACAGGGGAAAUGUAUAUUGGAUGUCUAAUCUGAUAAUUGCCUAUAUUACAGUACAGUCCAUAAUCAGAAUUCACUGCAUUGAGAUUCUGUUGCCAUGGUAAAUUUCAGUGCAAGGGACAAUGCGAUCAGGAGUAUUUUGAAAUAUUAGGGUAAAGUUUCUGUUCGUAAUGACAACCUGGACUGGGUAGAAUCAGCCCAACCAGUGCAAAAGAUCGAGGUGUUUUGAUAUAGGGGUUACACCCAAAACCACUAACUUCAGUGUAACUGUCGAUCUUUCACUUGUGUUCAAGAUUCACUUUGCCCAGAUGAAACUCAGUAAGAAAACUGGCCAUUUAACCUGAAUUAAUUAGCACAGUUCUGCAGGUUCAAGGAAGGCUUUAGUAAUUUCAGCCAUGGUUUUCUGGUGCAAUCCAUUUUAAAAGAUUUUUUUCUAUAUAAGAAAUCAAAUUGACUAAUGUAAAUCUAUUAAAUGGGUCAAUAGUCAAAACUAUUAAAUUGUUCAGUAUAGUUUUUUAAAGCCAUUUUCAAUGAUUUUAAAUCAUGUGACUUAUAGGUGGUGGACAAAAGACUUUAAAAUGCUUAUUUUUAGGAAUAAUUAAUAAAUUAUCCCAGAGUUAAUGAAACUAUGCCAGGUUGCUAUUCUUAAACACAUCGGAAAGGAGACGUUUUAAUUGAGAUGAGAUAAAAACAGAAACAAUUACAUUCUGUUACACUGUGCAAUUGUCCCACCUCAUGUUUCCAUGCCAAUGGAUAUUGGUAGAAGCUUGAACUAUAAUCUAAUCAGUGCAAUUUUAAGUGCAUUUUAAAUGCAAUUUUCCAGUUGUACCCAAAGCAAACAGUUCACUCCAUGUUUCCUAUCUUUUUAAGAAAUAACUAGUUUAAGUUUGUACUACAGUUUUCCUUCAGGUUUUUGCAAGUGGAAAGGAAAACAUAUUUGAAAGAGAUGCACCGAUUGGUAUAAUUUAUUAAAAUCAUUUAAAGUAAGAAGUGGGAAAGGUUUUCAGUACAACUCAACAUAAAAUCAGAUAAUAAAGAUAUUUUCUUUUUGUUGUGGAAUAUAAGAUUAAACACUGAUGAAAGCAAUAAACCUAUUUCCUGAAGUCAUACUGAGUGACAUAAGAUUUUUGUUAUAUUUUUAAAACUGUUUAAAAAAGCCUAGACAUCGCAGCAACAUGCCAGUGUUGGCAACUAUACUCAUCCGUUUGAACUGGGAUCAAGAACCCUCUCAGAAAUGUGUAAACCACAUGAUUGUGUAGCUCUUCAACCUCUGUCCUAAUUUAAACGUGCAGGUACAAAUAAACUGAAUUUUAGUUUCAAAUGUAAAUCUUGCUUGGCUUCCAUUAAGUCUAAAAGAGCCUAGGUAAAUUUAAAGGCAAAUGUAAAAUAAUUCUGGAAUUUUGAGCAACAUAUUAAGGUUACAUUCUGCAUGAAAUUGAUAUAAUUUACUUAAGCUGAAACAUUGACUUAAUUAUUGGGAAAUACAGCACAGGUUUUAGUCGAGCAUGAUUCCCGCAGAGUAAGAUAAUUCAAUGAGGAACACCAAGUUUCAUCUACUGAAAGCCCAGUUGCAGAGAGUUAAGGAAUGAAGAAUAACUAUUUAUAAAUCUACUCUUGUCCCUAGGUACAGGAAGCGAAGUUACAAACAACAGACAGAACAGGUUGCUUACUAUAAUAUUAUAUAUGACUGACAGGCUCCUAGUGGUGCACAGCCCAAGAAGAUUUUCUGAGAUGCUAAUAAGCAACCCAGAAACUCAGUCUUAACUGAAGAAAUCAUUUGAAAUACUGAUUAGUUUGGUAUCACAUAAAUGAAGCAAAGCUCAUGCAUGAAGGGGACAUACUGUCAAGAAUACAGCAAUGAUUUAAAAUAUCAAUUCAAUGGGCUAUCUGUAAUGUAUUAAACAGGCAUGGGUUUAUUGCAUGCCACAAUUCUUCUUCCUUUUAGAGGGGGAAGGCCCAGUUAAUCCAAAUGGUUGACAAAUAGGUUACUUGAAACAUCCCAGACUAAGCAGCCCUCAGGCAAUGCGGUCUACAUUACAAUGGUCAUAUCUAAAUAAAUGUCCACUACAGAGCUAUAUUGCAUGAAACUGACCCACAUUUCCUACUACCUGAAAUUUUGGGCUGUAUGUAGCAGGUGCUUCAAGUGUAUUUUAGAUCAGCUCAGUUUAUCAUUUACUCUUCAAUGCACUAACUUCUGUACAGAUGUAUAUGUUACUUGUUUCUACAUGAGGACAAAUAAGGAUAGACAGGUGGUUGAGGCAAGAUUAGUCAUGUGUCGGGUUAGAGCCUGAGGCCAGGAAGCUUAAUCCAACUUCCUUAAUACAAUGCAUACAUCCAGCAUGUAUCUUUGUGAAAGCAGUGAAAAGUGGUCCAAUAGACAGGAAGCUAUUACUAUUAAUUUAUCUUGAACUAAAAGAUCAGUUGAAUUAGUUGUAAAACCUUUUGUGCAUGAUCUGGUUAACCUAAGUCAGUAGUUUGUUAAUAAGAUUGAAAUGCCUUUGCUUUUUGUGGUUAGAAAUGCUUUAAUUUAAUUUUACUCAAAAACAAAUGAGUACCCAGCUGGCACUCCCAUAGCAAUAAUGCUGUGAUAGUUAAGGUAGUGAUCCAGAGAUCUAGACAAACAAAUCAGAACGAUGAGUACAAAACUGACUCACUCUCAAUGAUGAUGGCAGACUGCUCUUGACAUAACAAAGACCACCAGUCCUGACAACUGUUGUGAUAAAGGCAUAUACUCCAGGACCAGACACAUACCUAUCCAACCUGUCUAGUACAUCUAUAACAGCACAGCCUACCUGACAAUAUGGAACAUUGUCCAGAUAUGUCCAGUUAACGAAAAGUAGGCUGGCCAAUCUAUACCUCAUAUUAAUCAUCAUGAGGUCAUCACAGGAAAGAGCCAUUAAGUGAUAGGUACCAAUAAUCCACUCAUUCAAAUUCCAUCAGGAGUACUCAGUUCUAGAUUUGAUUCAUAUCCAAAUAGGUGACCUGUAUUCCAAGGUAAGGUCAGAGUGACCACCCUUUACAUCCAGAUAACAUUUGGCCAAGGGCAGUAUCAAUGAGCUCCAUUAAACCUGAGGUGGAGGGGACAAGGGGGAGAAAUCCUCAGCUUCACAAUUCAUGAAGGAUAACAGUUCUACUGUGGGAGGCCAACCAUCUCAGCCCCAGGAAUUUGACACAGUAAUUCUUUAGGGUAGUGUCCCAACCCCAAUCAUUUUCAACUAUUCUAAUGAGCAUCUGUUUAUUAAGAUCAGAAAUGGGACUGUUAACUGAUAAAGUUCAAUUCUAAAACUAGGUACUCAUACAACUAGAUUUGACCUAUGUCCUGGCUUGGCCUGAGAAAUGGUAACAAUUAUGAUGUAUGAAUAACAAACAAUGACCACAGUUAACAAAAAAAUGACUCAAUGGUAUUAUCAUCAACACACCAAUCACUAUUAAAGUGCCGAGAUUCACCUUUGAUCAGAAUGUCUAUUGGAUAAACUACAAAAUACUGCACCUAUAGUGCAAGCCAAAUGCACAGAAUUUUGUGAUGGAAAGCUCAACCUUGAUUCCUGUAAAUGUCUCCACCAUGCUAAGACACAAACCAGGAGUUUGAUGGAAUAAUUUCCACUUGACGGAAUAACUUCCACUUGACAGGACAGGUACAGGUGCAACAACAACUCAGGACAAAGCCAUCCAACUGAUUUGCUAAAGAAUUCAUUUCCCCAUCACCAGUGCACAAUGACUGUAGUAUAUAAUGUAUACAUUAUAUGUACUACAUAAUCAAAGACCCCUCCCACCCUGCACAUUCUCUCUUCUCCCACCUCCCAUCGGGCAGAAGAUACAAAAGCCUGAAAGCACAUACCACCAGACUCAAGGACAGCUUCUAUCCCAUUGUUAUAAGACUACUGAAUGGACCUCUUGUACAAUAAGAUGGACUUCUGACCUCACAGUCUACCUUGUCAUGGCCUUGAACCUGCACUGUACUUUCUCUGUAACUGUUACACUAUAUUCUGCAUUCUGUUAUUGCUUUUCCUUUGUACUACCUUGAUGUCCUGAUGUUGUGAAAUGAUCUGUAUGGAUGACAUGCAAAACAAAGAUUUUCACUGUACCUCAGUACAUGUGACAACAAUAAACCAAUUACUAAUGUGCUGUGACAACAUGCUAAGACUCCCUGAACAGCACCUCCGAAGUAGAUGGCUUUUACCACCUAAAAGGACAAAGAUAGCAGGAGCAUGAGAACAUCUCUUCUUCAAACUCUCCUUAAGAUCACCAAAUAGAGA